AUGGAGUUGGAGAACGAUCUGUUUGAGGAGUUCAGCAUUCAGCUGCUCGCCUUCUCCGUCAUCCAGGAGGCCAUGUGUGCUCUCCCACCCACUGCUGCCCUGCACGCGCCAUCCCUCCUGCCUCACUCCCACAAUCUCAUUCUUUGUUCUUCCUCAUUUCAACCUUCUCCCUCCCAACCCCAUGACCCUUCUCUCCUCCUUCCCUCCAUCGCAUCCAUCCGCUCCCCUCUCCCUGUCAGAUUCCUGAAUGCAGCAGCACUGGAGAUGGUGCGGGACCUACACGGCUUCCCGCGUUUCUCCGCCUUCCUGCGCUGGGCCGCCUUCCUCUUCACCAAGUCCUCCUCCGAACUCCACCCCACGCUCGUCCUCCCGCCACAACCCCCCCCUGUGCCCGCCCUGCCGCCAUCGUUCUCAGUGGCGGGGGAUGAGGUGGGGGGGGAGGUGGAGCUGCCAGCCAUAGUGGCGCGCAGGGACCCCAAGGCGCUGCUCUUCGAGGGCUCUGUGCUCGCCACGCCCUCCCGCGCCGCCUCCUCCCCUCACACCGCAGCCGCUGCUGCCGCUGCUGUCGCUGCAAAUGCUGCCGCUGCCGCUGCUGCUGCAGGGCGCCCCUCCCUCACCGUGCCUGCGAGUUCGAAGAGUGGCGGCACGGGCAGGGAUGGGGAUGGAGCGGGGGCAGCAGGGGGGGAGAGGUCGUGGGCGCGGGAGAAGCUGUUAGCGAGCAGCACGUUCAGGCGCGUGACAGCAGAGCGCAACAGCACGGACAACGCGCUCAUGGCGUGGAACCCCCACGCCGCUGUCGCCUGCACCGUGCUCUGCCGCUUCCUCGCUGAUGCCAUGCCCGCUGCUGCCCUGCGCAGGGGGCACACCUUUGCGCAUGGCCAUGGUCACGGACAUGGGCAUGGGCAUGGGCAUGGGGGAGGGUAUCGGCAGGACAUGGGAUGGGACGCGGAUCCAGAGGAGUAUCGCGAGCAGGCGGCGCAGUGUGUGGCGGGGGCGCUGCUGGGCGUGUUUGAGCAGCAGGUGGGUGACUGGUACGAUGCAGCGGCAGCACGCAUGUUCCGCUCGAUGUCGCCCGCCUUGCAGCUCUUCACAGUGCACCAGCUGCGCCGCAUCCUCGGCUCUCUCAUUGCCGGGGCGGAACACUUCCGCUCCGCGCGCCUCUGGCACGCGCUCUUCUCGCCCAUCUUCUUCUUCUUCGGCGCUCAAACCAGGCCGCGCCGGCCGCUGCUCUCACCGCGCCUGCUGGGCCCCAAGGCAGCUGCGCUCGCCGUCGCGCCAGCCACGGCCGGUGCUGCUGCAGGCGCAGCGAGGGGAGGUGCAGGCGGGGCGGGCGGAGAGGGCCAGCAGUGGCAGUCGUUUGCCAGGACGAGCUCAGUCGGGGAGGCAACAGCAGCAGUGGGGGCGGACAGCGGAGCAGGAGCAACGGAAGGAGGGUUAAGCAGUGGUGGCAGUGGGGGCGGCAGCAGCAGGCACGGCGAGGGGUUGGUGGUUCUACUGGACCCAGCUCUAGAGUAUGUCAACCUGCCGUCCUCCCCCGACGCGGAGAGGCUACGGGGGGACAUAGUGGCGCUGGUGGAGCUGGCAGUGUCGGUGGACAUGGGCGAUGGCAGCGCCACCGAGUGCGCUCUGCUGCUCGCUGCCCUCGAGGCCUGCUGCACGCAGCCCAGCGCGGCCGCCCUGCUGGCACACGCGCUGCAGCGCCUGCUGCAUGCAAGGGACACCGACGCUGUCAGAGAGCUCUCUGCCAUCCCCCGCCUCGCCGCCAUCAUCGACCGCCAGCACGCCGCCGCUGCCACUGCUCUCCCCUCCGCCACGCCUCCCCUCACCCCGUCGCAGCUCCUCCCCCCGCGCUCCGUCUCCCUCCAUGUGUCCGCGUUCCGCCCUGUACCUUCUGCAUACAGCGAGGAGGGCGAGGGAGCGGCAGCCGAGUGGCAGGGCGUGCGGGGGGCGGUGUUCGCGUUGCUAGAAGGCGCGCUGGGGGAGUCUGAUGCCGCCCUGGUGGACGCCGCGUGCGACCCCACGGUGUUCGUGCCGCUGCUGCGGCUGCUGUGGGACUCGCCCAACAGGGAGUUUGCUCUGCGAGUGCUCAUCCUGCUCAUGCACGCGCCCCUGCUGGACCCCUCCGCGGGGCAGCCCCUGCUGGAGUGCUUCUUCGACCUCAUCUCCCAUGCUGCUUCCUUCACUGCCACUGGCAGCACGGUGGCAGUGACGGGCGAGGGUGGGGAGGAAGGGGGGAGCGGAGACACGGUUGGAGGGGAGGAGGAGGAGGAGGAAAGAGGUGGGGAUGGCGAGGAGGUGGUGGAUACGGAAGGAGACGGUGCAGCUGCGGAUGGGCAGGGAGAGGGGGGAGAGCAAGGGGAGGAAGCGGGGAGGAGGGGCGGUGCAGAGGAGGGCGCAGUGGCAGCAGGGGAGGCAGCUGGCGGUGGUGGAGGGCGAGGAGGGGGCGAGGGGGGAGCGGUGGAGGGGCGGGGGGGGAGGGUGAGCGAGUGGGCAGUGAUGCUGGUGGACGACCUGCUCUCCUGCACCACCUACAUCGUCUCCGACCCUCCCAACGCUGCAUUGCAGCAGCGGUGUGUGGAGGCAGGGGCGCUGCAGCACGUGCUGGUGGUGCUGGACGCGCACUACUCGCCCGCUCACGGGCUCGCCAUCACCCUCGCCGCCCUGCGGUGCCUCACCUGCCUGCUCGCCGCCAACCAGGCUGCCAAGGCAGCCAUGGUGCGGGUGGCAGGGGCGGGGUAUGCGGGGUUGCAGAGGAGGAUAGAGGCGCUCACAGGGGGGAGGGUGGGGCAGGAGGUGCUGGACGCCGUGCUGUGCCUCGCCACUGAUGGCGCCUACACUACUUCCCCCCACACCACACGAGCCACCAUCCAGGUGCCCCAUGCCGCUCAUGCCACCUCCCAUGUAUGUCUCUCCACCUUGCAACGCCCCUUCCUUGAGCCUGCCGCCCUUCUCCAACCUUGUGCACCGGCGCCAGAGAGGCAGGCGGUGGCAGGGCUGCAGCAGCUGCAGGCAAUGCUAGCAGACUCCACAGCGUCAUGCGCGGAGGAGGGGGUGGUGGCGGCGGUGGCGCUGCUGGUGGAGACGAUGGGGCGGCACAGCAUGAGUGGCAAGGAGAUCACGGCGGUGUUCCACCUGCUGCGCCAGGCGGGCGCGGGCAGCCGGGCGCGGCAUGCAUCGCUGCUGCUGCGCACGCUGCUGGGCGCCAUCAAGGACGAGGGGCCCUCUGGCUUCUUUGAACUCAACGGCGUUGACUCCGUGAGCGCUCCCUCUCACUCGCAUUCCUGCUGCUUUCCUGUGCCCUCCACGGUGCCACGCGCCCGCUUGUGGGAACUCCAUCUCGCCUCUGGACACAUUUUCCGUAUCUUGCCAUGCAAACCCUGCCCUUCGUGCUCCCCUCCUCUCCCCACUUCCUCCUCUCCCCGCCAGGGAUUCAAGCUGCCCUCGGACCUGCGGUUCCCCGGCCCACGGGGCUACACAGUGGUGUGCUGGCUGCGCAUAGAGGCCUUCCCCAUGCCGCCCGCCUCUGCCUUCCCCGGCUCGCCCCCCCUCAACCCCUGGGCGUUUGAUGCCGAGGGGCGCCUGGAGGACACGGAGGGGGGUGUGCGGGGGGGAGGGGAGGCGAGCAGGGAGGGCGCGAUGGCGCUGUUCAGCUUCCUCACGGACCUGGGCGUCGGCUGCAGCGCCUUCCUCACCCCCGAUGACGUGCUGCUGCAUGUGGGCGGGGCAGCAGCGCGGGAGGCGGUGGUGGGGUUACCACACGAGCUGCGGCUCAAGUGCUGGCACCACGUGGCCAUCACCCACGCUGCGCCCACCUUCGCUGCCCCCAGCACCGUGCGCCUCUUCGUUGACGGCCGCCUCACUGCCUCCUCCCGCGCCAGCUUCCCCCGAAUCUACGACCCACUCACGCGCUGCACCAUAGCAUCAUGGGCGCCACUCCCCCAGGCAGCCCCACACGCGCGCACCCCCCUAGACGACGAUGACGACCCGGCCUCCCUCUCCAUGGCGCCGCCUCUCUGCGGCCAGCUAGGCGCCCUACACGUGCUCGACGACCCGCUCUCCGCCGACCAGGUCGCCGCUCUGCACCGCUUGGGACCGCGCCACGCGCACUCCUUCCUGCCGUGCGAGCUCUCCCUCCUGCCCGGGUCCGCCGACCCCCCCGUGCGUGCGCUCUUUGACGGCAAGGACUGCCUCGCUCCGCGCCUCACCGUCAGCCUCACGGCUCAUGCCACGGCGGGGGGAGUGGUGCUGGACGCAACCCCCUUCUGGGAGCAGCAGGGGGGCGGUGGCGCACGGCGCGUGUGCGACGCGGUGAUGCUGCCGGGCGUGCAGGUGUGCCAGCGGCACCGCCUGCAGGACGUGCUGUCGUGUGUGGGGGGGGUCGCCGUGCUCUUCCCCCUCCUCACCCAACUCGACAGCGACGAUGACACCAGUGCCGGCUCAGAGGGCGAGGGGGAGGAGGAAGGGCGGUGGGAGGCGGGGGGGACGCACGUGGCGGUGGACGUGGUGUGUCUGCUGACGGAGGUGCUGGCGGGCAGUGCAGCGGCGCAGCAGUUCAUGGUGGGGGUCGGGGGCUUCUCUGUGCUCAGCUUCCUGCUGCAACACGUGCACCCCCGCCACCUCACCGUCAGCCUCGUCCUCUCCAUUGAAAGCCUCACUAACAGCAUUGCUGCCGAGCAGGACAGCGCCAUGGCGGAGCAGCUAACGCGGUCGGCAUGGAGUGAGUUGUACCUGCAGCUGUCCCUCUGGAUCUACGCGCCCUACGCCGUGCAGCGCGAGCUGCUCGAGUCCCUCCUGCGCCAGGUGGACCGCAGCCCCGCGCUGCUGCCCGCCGUGUGCCCGCUGCCGCGCCUGCUGGACCUGCUGCGCCGCUUCUACUGGCACGUGCCGCACGGCCGCUCCGUUGCCGGCCUCAAGCCCCUCGUGCACGCCACCUCGCGUGUUGUGAUUGGUCGGCGCCCUGACAAAGCUGACGUGGCGAAGCUGAGGCUGCUGCUGCUGAGGCUGGCGGAGUACAGCGUGAGGGAUGGCUUCUCACUGGCUGAUGUGAGGGCACUAGCAGCGUUCCUGGAGGGCAGCAAGGACGCCCCCAGUGUGCGAGAUGUGCUGCUGGCGCUGCUCUCACUGCUCUCACGCCCGCCACUGCUCGCCUCCUUCACCUCACACGUCUACUCCCUCACCGGCUGCCACCUCUUCCUCAACCUCCUCGCCAGGCCAGAGGAGGAUCUGCAGUCACUCGGCCUGCGUCUCAUCACAGCGCUGCAGGCAGAGCGUCGUCUGCGCCUCAUCCGCGCCUUCUCCUCCUCCCCAGCGCCCUCCCCCGCGCCCUCCGCUACCCCCGCACCCAUCCCUGACGACCUAGUAGCAGCCGCGCUGCUGCACGCGCCCUCGCCCUCACCCUCCUCCUCUGCUCUCUCAGGCGGUGCGCUGCCGUCGCCCGGGCCUGGGGGGGGAGGGGAGCGUGUGAGGGAGGACGUGGAGCAGGCGGAGGCGAUGGUGGGUGUGGCGCUGCAGCUGAUGGUGCAGCGGGCGUGCCGUGCCCUCCCAGCCAUACCCUCCCUUAAACCCCUCAUCCACAUCUCCAGACCCUUCUUCCCCUCUCUCACUGAUUUCUUCCCCUUGCUCCCCCCUCUCCCCUCCCCUUUCUCCCCCAGAUGCCCCAUCGCACGAGCACACAAGGGGUUGCAGGCAGCGAACGGGUGGAGUGGGGCGAGCAAGGGGGACCGGGGGAGCGAGGGGGAGGUGGGGGAGGAGGAGCUGGAGGAGGCGGAGGUGGUGUGGGAGCAGGUGCGGCGGCUGCUGCUGGCCACACACGCACACGCACUGCAGCACAGCAGCACCGGCUGGCAGCACGUGGCCGACACUGUUGGUGCCCUCCGCAUGUUCGCCCAGCAGGGCAAGCUGCCGUACCACCUGGUGCUGCGCCCGCUGCUAGCGGAGCUCAUCACGGUGCAGUCAGGGCUCUCCUCGCGAUACGACGCGGCGCGCAACAACUGCCUCUUCAUGUUUGCACUCAUAGACGAGUUCGCCCUGCAUGACUCGCGCCACAUCUUCCCUGUGAGCCCUGCAUGA